AUGGCCGCGCAACAUGAAGCUGCCAUCCUCCCCCAACAGGGCGGUCCCUUGUCUCUGGGCAAGCGGAACACCCCAGAGCCCGGCCCAAACGAUGUUCUCAUCGAAGUCAAAGCUGUUGCUUUGAACCCUUGCGAUCAUUUCCAGCGUGAUUAUGGCAUGCCUCCUGUACCUUUCUACCCUGCCAUCAUUGGAUCUGAUACUGCUGGUGUGGUCGCCAAACUGGGAUCGAAUGUCACCACGGCCCCUAGUCCAGGAAGCCGAGUCAUUGCAUUUGCCUCAUCCUUUUAUCAGAAUGGUUCCCCAAACCACGGUUCCUUUCAAAAGUACACUUUGGCACAAUCUGAGGCCGUCAUCCCACUCCCAGACCAUCUCUCCUUCGAGGAAGGAGCUGUCUUCCCCCUGGCCGUCUUGACUGCCUUGACUGCCUGGACGACAAUUGGGAUUCCGCUCGACACAAAGUAUACUCCGGCGGACAAACAAGCGGUCCUGAUCUGGGGCGCCUCGAGCAGUGUAGGCACUUUUGCCGUUCAAUCGGCAAAGACACUCGGUUUCACUGUCUACGCCACUGCCAGUCCCAAGCACCAUAACCUCGUCAAGAAGCUCGGAGCGCAAGCGGUUUUCGAUUACAAGUCAAGCGAUGUUGUCUCCCAGAUCAUCAGCACCGUGAAAAAGGAUGGUGUCAAGCUGCACACCGCGCACUGCGUUGUUGAUGGAGCUCUGCAGCCCACACUGGACAUUCUCAAGGAAACCAAGGGCGAUGCACAUGGUAAGGUCGCACACUCGCCUCUUCUCCCAGAAGGUCAUCCUACCCUCGAGAACACGCAGAUUACAUUCAACUUCCCAUCUAUGGACGAAGCUGCGAGGAACAAGCAUGUUAACGAAGUCUUCAAUGGGUGGCUGAAGCCAGGACUGGAGUCUGGUGAGGUGAUCCCUAGCCCUGCUGUUCAGGUUGAGGGUGGUGGCCUGGGUGGAAUGAAUGCAGCACUAGACAAGCUCAAGGCUGGUGUUAGUGGCACUAAGAUUGUCGUGCCACUCUAG